CCUCGAGGCAUAGACAAGAAAGAAGCUGACCAGCGGUGCAGAUACCCAUUACACGUUACGGUUCCCUCUCAAGAGGCCUAUCAGCUACACACAAAAGCAGCUAGUAACCGACGAGGAGCUUAGCUACCUCUAACCGCCACGAUCUCCCCAAGCCUGAGACCGACUCUUGCUCUACGUCCCGCGACAGUAAAAGCCACCUUCUCCCGUAGCACUAACGUGACUACGGCAACCAUGAGCCAGCCAGGCUCUCCCAAGGCGCCCAAGGCGCCAUCAGCGCCAUCAACCCCCGGAUCAGGAGGAGAGACCUCCUUGAUCGCCGAGCAUGGUGGAUCUAUCGGUUCUCAGGAACCUCAAGAGCAGAAGGCGGUAAUGCCAGCUCACCAGGAACCGAUCACCACUGCUGAUGAGGGCAUCAAGAGUCCCUCAACCGUGGCCGAUGGUGGCAGUGAUGGCUCCAGUCUCCAAGUGGCCUCUCCCUCGCUGGCCUUGCCCCCUCGUCCCGAUGCCAAACAGCUUGGAGCCUCGCCACGAUACAACAUCAUCGGGGAGACUCUCUAUGGGGUCCCGGAAGAAGACACGGUUCGUGAGUUUGGAUUCCGUGCUGGCCAGAUGAACCGUGGUACGGGUGGCGACAAACAGAUCCCAGCCAACAACUUCACCAAGCAGCUCGAUCAUCUAUGGACUGAGUCCUACGAGCUAGGCAAGCUCUCUAACGGCAACGCUGCAACGAAGCUAGAAAUCGUUCGCAAGAAUUACGACUGGGCCCCACUGAUCAAUGUCUACACACAGACACCUGAGAAUCCAAAGGGAACCUUCGACCUCGAGUACGCCCGAAAGACGAUCGAGUCGGCACUUGACACCAUGAAGAUUACAACCAAUUGGGUCUGUAACCACCCUAAGGAAUGGCAGAAAAUCGUCAUAGACGUUCCUGCCCCUAUCGCCAUCGCCUGUCAGGAAUUCCCUGAUCUGGCUGAGCGCUAUGCCGAGCUGAAGCAGGCCGCCUUCCUUGCGAAGAAUUACCAGCCCUAUCGCAAUGCCAAAGGAUACAUCAACAAGCAGCUUCGCUCCAUGGCACGCCGUUGAUAUCCCCAAUUUAUGUCACCAAAACGGAUCGGUCCCC